ACCUCCCGGGCCUAGUACUCACGCAGCAUGCUCAACCAAUGCUGAAACAAAAUCUGAGUCAUCACCAACAGACGGGCCGAUGGAGACCAACCCACCUGCAUCCUCCCCUACGCCACCAGAGAGAGAGAGAGAAAAACACACACCUACUCAACUGCCCCAGAGACAUCCGCAUAUUGCUGUUCUGAUUGACUCCAAUGGGAAAUUCCUCGAUGAACAAAGACUAUUCCCAGGACGGAAAGCAGCAAAGAUAUGGUGCCCAAAAAUUCAAGACACCUUCCAAAUUUUUUCAAACACAGAUUUUGGGACACCAAGUCAUAUAAUAAUCCACACAGGCACCAACGACCUCAGACAACACCAGGAGAGAGUUGGUAGUAUGCUAUGUACAGUCGCAGAGAGGGCAACAGAAGCAUUUCCAGACUCAAGAAUUAUCAUCUCAACCCUCCUGCCCAGAAAGGCCUUUCACCCUGACACCAUUAGUAAGGUAAAUGCAGACAUCAUCAGGGGCUGUGCACAACUACCAAACAUACACCUGGCCCACCACACUGCCAUCACUCCACACCACCUUUAUGACCAUGUGCACCUAUGCAAAAACACAGUGGGAGUUUUCACAAAAGCUCUAAAGGAUGCUACAUUGGGAAGAACCACUCAGGUCAAAGGUCAGUUCACUCCACCCCUUAGACCAGACCAGCGUGCUGCACCCCCCAGGCCGGACCAACGUACACCACCCCCCAGGUCGAACCAGCCCACCACACACUCCAGUUCGGACAAACGCACUGCACACCCCAGGCCGGAACAGCGUGCAGCACCCCCCAGAUCAGACCUGCUCACCCCACCACCCAGCUCAGAUCAACACAGCUCAUCCUUCAGAUACCAGCACCACACACAACUUAGGCCAAACCGACCUACAAUACCCCUCCAGGCCAGAUCAACACACCCAACCAGGUCAACCAAUACCCCACCACCAACUCCAAUCUAUAGGAAGUAUGCCGCCUUCGUUCCUGCCAACUUCAUCCUAUCAGCACAGCUAUGCUGAGGUCCUGAAAGGACAGCAGAGCACUACCGACAUGGGUGAGAUCAAAGAACUGCUAUCCAUAAUCUGCAACAGACUUCUACAUGGGUGAGA